AUGAAGUACUUUCUCGCUUCGGCCAUCGUGUUGCUCGCUGCGACAACCCAGGGCAGUCUUGUGUUCAUGGUGUCCACCGAGCCCGGCAACAAGGGCAUCCAAAAAUCAUGGGUCACUGAUCGUUGGGUUUGUCAUAAUCUCACAGAGCCCGGACUCGACAAGAAUAUAUCAUGGGCAUAUGUAUCUUCUGGGCUUGCAAAUGGAUGCUUCCUUUAUGAGGACGCAGGAUGCAAUGGCACCAAUAUCUAUGUCGAAAAAUACAAGGGAGACCUCUGCUGCCCCGGCGAUGUGAACAUGACGGACGUUGGCUUUGACAACAGGGCGUCGUCAUGGGCAUGCUAUUGA